ACGGCUCUCCAUCACACCUACGAUCCUCCCGUAUACUGGUAAUUCACACCCAACAUGGCGCCUGCAUUGGCGCGAAUACAUCAGCUGGUGGCCAAGAAUGCGAAAGUAUUCAAGGCCGCCUGGAAGCAUACUGCGAAACUCGUUCAAGACCAGCUUCCGGCGUCUAUUCGACCGACCCGCGCUGAACUCCAGCCUAUUCUUGUCAGAACUGGACCGAAGCAUCCAAUCCACCGUAUUGCUCUGUUGAAGCAGAGCAAAGGUCGAUGGUACUCGACUCAUAGCACGAUCUCCGCAACCGUCCGCCACUUUACCUCCGCCGCACGAUCGGGGCCCAAAUUCGAUCGAGCAUCGCUCCCGAAGUCCAGGACCGGAGAUGCAGUCUAUAGACAAACCGGUCGCGCACCCUUUGCGUCGACACUGAGGCCCAACCUGACCGGCGGUACGCUUGGCCGAACAGCCGGCGGUUACGGAUGGGGCUCAGGACGUGCUGGAGGUGCUCGAUACUUCUCGCAUGGUCCUGCAGCACCAGCUCAGGUCAUCAACAACGUAUCACAGGCUGUCCGAGCUUUCAUGCUCGGAGGGCAGAAAGCACAGUUCGAUGGUGUUGAUCCUCGUACGGGUGAGAAGCGCUUCCGGUCCGUCUCUGCGCUUCAAGACAAGGUCAACCGUACCCUCAACAAGGCCCCAAAGACCACGCCAGGCUCCUACGUCAGCUUUAGCAUCAACCCUACCGUCACCGCCCUCAGCCCUCUCACCGCUGUUAAGGGCUUUUCCUCGUCGUUCGCCGAAGAGCAGAACUCACUCAAUAAGGAUGGCUUCCUAGACAUUCUUUCUAUUGAUUUCUCUCGAGCAGUCAAGGAACUUGCAGGUACUCUCAAAGACCUUCAACGCCUAUCAGCCUUGGGUGAUUUACCUAUAACAUAUGAACAUUCCACGCUUAAGAUACACUUUCCAGGAUGUGACGCCGGCACCGUGGAGAAGAUCUGCGAUGAGUUCGGUGUUCAACGUGGCGUAGUAUCCCAAGACGACGACUUUGACUCCUUUGUCGGUACCGAGAUCGCCCUCCUUUUCCCAUUGGCAUCGAGUCGCACCCCCUCCGAGUGCUCCUUCUAUGAGAAAGACGUUGCCCAGCGCCAGUUUCCUAUCGACUGGCGGCCAAUGAUGGCUUCAUCUAUACUGAGCUCGGACUCCGACGAUUACUCCACACAAUCCGAAGUCGACCUGGAUUUUGAAGAUGUGCUCCAAGACAACCCGUGGGCGAUCUCAGAUGAAGAGGGAUAUGAGAGUCUUCAUACCAGUGACGUGGACGAAUUCGACGCACACUCGCCAUUGGAGUAUCAGGGUAUCCAAGGCAUUUAUAGGUUUAUGGAGCAGUGUGAGCCUAGCUCGCGAUAGAGAGUUCGAGGCGGCACUUCAGAGAGAGAGAGAGAGAGAGAGAGAGAGAGAGGAUUCUAGUGAUACCAUUCGGCUUUAGAUUGCCUGACUUGUGUUUGUGUGUAUGCUCUUGGGUCGCUCUUUAGUGCCUUCUCUUAUGUAGGAAAUCAUAUGGUUUAAGUUGAAUUCACGCGUUUCUCUUGCAACGAAGACUAGAUGGUCGAUUUGAAUACUGAGCGAACGCAAGCUUUCUUAAU